AUGAGCGUGUUGGCUGGGAAACGCAAGCGCCAGGACUUGGCUUCGUCGCUAUCUGCAACACUGAGCAACGAGGAGCGCGUUGUGUACAACAUCAUUAGGGGUAGGAAGGAGAUGGGGAUAUGGCAGGGAGACAUAAAGCGAGAAACCAACAUCCCCGAUAGCCUCAUGAAGAAAUCCAUCAAGAUGCUUCUCACCAAGACCCUCAUCAAGGAGGUCGUCAACAUCCAAAACAAGUCCAAGAAGGUGCUCAUGGCAGUGGAAUUUGAACCCUCCAAGGAGAUCACUGGUGGGGAGUGGUACACUGAGGGCAAACUUGACACGCAGUUAAUCGAAGCCCUGUCUGAUGUUUGUAUGAAGCUCAUUCUUCGCCAGAAAGUCGCCACACGCGAGGGGAUCCUUGACUGGAUUAGGAAGGUUGGGAGUGAGAUUUUCCCUGGUGGAGUCAGUGCAGGGCAGGUGGAACAGAUUUUGAAGGUUUUGGUUAUGGAGAACAAGGUGCAGGAGGUGAAUAGUACCGGCUUUGGGGAUUUUGCUUCUGUGCCUGUUGGUGAAGUUUGUUAUAGAUUGGCUAAGAAGACUGGUGGUGAGGUCAAAGUUGGUGCCAUGGCUUCUAUUCCUUGUGGGGUUUGUCCAAGGAUUAAUGCUUGUACACCCGAUGGUGAUAUCUCCCCAAUAAAUUGUCAAUAUUAUCAGAAAUGGCUGGACUUCUAA